AUGGUAUUAUUUGAUUAUGAAACUAGAACAAGAACUAUUGAAAAAUUGAAAGAACUUUAUUUAGAAUUAAAAUAUGUCAAAGAACAAGAUAGACAAUCAUCAUGUAUUUCAUCAUCAUCACAAGCAACAAAAGUCUCACCAUUUUUUGAAUCAAUAUUUGGAAAUUUAAAUGAUGAGGAGUCAGAAUUAUCAGAGAUCAUAUAUGAAAAAAAUAUAGUUGUGGUUAUUGAUCAGGAAGUAACAAAAUUUCAAUCACCUGAUGGAUAUUCUAUACGUGAAUGGAAGUUGACGAUUUAUGCAAUUAACGAUGUGGGAGCAAAAACACAAACUCCAAAUCGGUAUAAAAUCGAUGAUUCUCCAAAUUAUGAAUCUUCUUCACGAUCUUCUUACUCUUCAACUGAUUCCGCUUAUGAUAAGGAAAACUGUUUGAUUGAUUAUACAAGAUUGGCAAAUAAUCUGAGUUCAUUAGAAGGCAAUGAUAUUUUGGAAGUUAUAGAUUUAAUAACACGAAAUCGUACGAAUGAUAUGUACAUAAAUGAUGACAUUGAUGGAGAAUUCCAUAUGGAUCUCUAUUCGCUUGGGGAAGAUUUACUUAAAGUGUUAUGGGAUUUUACUGAAUCGAGACUUUCAGGUCGUGAUCCAUAA